CCUUGAGCGUUGGAGCCGGGGUUACAAAGCCCCGUUUGGCCAUGAAAAGCGAUGAGCACAUCGCACUCUCUCAGCCCCAUGGCAGACCUCCUUGGAACCAAUCUUGUCUUGAGGCCCACAACGAUCCACGAAUGAGGAUGGAUGGCCAUCUGUCGGGAGGGCUUUGAUGGUGUCUUCUUGGUCGCAUGAAAGCCCUUGGUCUCUUCCAACUCUGAUUCUGUGAUAUGGAUUUUUAGCAGAGGCUGGAUGGCCAUCUGUCGGGAGGGCUUUGAUGGUGUCUUCCUGGCAAAAUGAGGUUGGACUGGAUAUCGCUAGGGGGUUUCUUCCAACUCCCUGAUUCUAUGAUAUGGAUUUUUAGCAGAGGCUGGAUGGCCAUCUGUUGGGACAGCUUUGAUGGUGUCUUCCUGUCCGAAAGAGUAUGAAAGGUGUGUUGACGGCUCAUUUCUCCCGGAAUAUGAGAACGGCUUGGAGGAGUUAAAUGUCUGGAAGGAGGGCACGGAAAGCAGAGGGACACCCGUCUCCGCCCCUAAAGAAACCCAAUCCGGAGGCCGGCAAGAGCAAACCUUGGCCUGGUUCCCAGAAAAAGGCAAAGUCCGGAUUCUAGGACUUUGCUUCCAGGCCUCGGCUCUGUUUCGUAAGAGAAGCAAAAGGCAAAUGGAAGGAAUGGCGGACAUGGGAAAAGGCCACCCCAAUGGGAUCUACGAUGCCAUUGUCGUCGGAGCGGGCAUCCAGGGCACCUUUGCUGCUCAACAGUUAUCCAAGCGAGGACAAAAGACUCUCCUUCUGGACCAGUUCCUCCUCCCGCACACCAGGGGCAGCUCUCACGGACUGAGCCGCAUCAUCCGCAGCGCUUACCCGCAGGACUACUACACGGCUAUGAUGGGAGAGUCCAUCCGGCUCUGGAAGGAGCUGGAGGCCGAGACGGGAGCCCAGCUCUACAGACAGACACCCUUGUGGAUCCUGGGGCGCCACGAGAGCCCCGAGUUCCAGAGCUACCGGCGGACCAUGGAGCGCCACCACGUCCCCAGCGAGGAACUCGGCCCCGAGGCCUUUGCGCACAGGUUCCCCGGGUUCCACCUUCCCAGCGAUGAGAUGGCCGUCUCGGACCGCUCCGCAGGGGUCCUGUUUCCAGAUAAGGCCCUUCGUGUGGUCCAGGACCAAUUCCGGCACAACGGAGGGACCAUCCGUGAUGGAGAGAAGGUUCUCCAGAUCAUCCCGGGGUCUGUGGUGAGGGUCGUCACAUCAAAAGGGGAGUACCACGCCAAACGGAUCGUGGUCGCCGCUGGGCCAUGGACUGGACCGUUGCUGGAGCCGCUGGGGCUUCGGCUGCCUCUCCAGCCCCUGCGUAUCAGUGUCUGCUACUGGAAGGAAAACCAACCCGGGGUCCUGAGAGAGCUCCCUUCCUUCAUCAGCCUCCACGGAGCAAAGCACGACAUUUACGGGUUGCCGGCCGGCGACUACCCUGGCCUUGUCAAGGUCUGUUACCAUUAUGGCAACUUUGUGGACCCGGAAACACCUGACCGCCUGACCCAAAGCUCCCCUCCUGUCCCCGACAUUCAGAUCCUGAAGGAUUUUGUCCGGAAAUACCUGCCGGGGCUCGAUCCCGAACCCGCCGUACAGGAACGCUGCUUAUAUACAAACACUCCAGAUGAGGAUUUUGUCUUAGAUUGGCACCCGCGUUUCAAAAAUAUUGUCAUCGGAGCAGGGUUUUCCGGCCACGGGUUCAAGUUUGGGCCUGUCAUUGGGAAGAUCCUUUGCCAACUGAGCCUUGGAGAAGAGCCGUCCCAUGACUUGACCCCGUUUCGAAUAAGCCGCUUCCCACAGGCUGCUUUGUAACCCCCGAAGCCGCGGGAUUUCAACGGCUCUCCAGUUCUGAAAGUGAUUUGAAAAUUGGCUCACUGCCUUGAGCAACCUCCAGACGACAUAGGAAACUCUUAAAUCCAUUUUUCACAUUGUUGGCUCACAGAGUUCAAGGAGAAUCAAAAUAAUAGUGACUUCUAAAGAGCUGUAAGUAAACAGUAAAAGGUCCAAUGUGUUGUCAAAGGCUUUCAUGGGUUGCUGUGAGUUUUCCGGGCUGUAUGUCCAUGUUCCAGAAGCAUUCUCUCCUGAUGUUUCGCUCACAUCUAUGGCAGGCAUCCUCAGAGGUUGGGAGGUCUGUUGGAAACUAGGCAAGUAGGGUUUAUAUAUCCGUGGAAGGUCCAGGAUGGGAGAAAGAACUCUCCCAACAAAAGAUUUCCCCAGGCUUUGAAGCUGCAAGGCUAUUCAAUUCUAAUCAAGCUGGCCAAUUGCAACAUUCACUCUUUACUCCAACAGUCAAGAGUUCCUUCUCCUACUUUGGACAUUCCACAUACAGUCUCACUCAUCCAAGCCUCGCUUAUUCAAGGUUCUGGAUUAUCCAAGUAAUUUUUGUAGUCAAUGUUUUCAAUAUAUCGUGAUAUUUUGGUGCUAAAUUCGUAAAUACAGUAAUUACUACAUAACAUUACUGCGUAUUGAACUACUUUUUCUUUCGAAUUUGUUGUACAGAAUAACAUGAUGUUUCGGUGCUUAAUUUGUAAAAUCAUAACCCAAUUUGAUGUUUAAUAGGCUUUUCCUUAAUCCCUCCUUAUUAUCCAAGAUAUUCGCUUAUCCAAGGUCCUGGAUUAUCCAAUGCAUUUUUGUAGUCAAUGUUUUCAAUAUAUCGUUUUAUUUUGGUGCUAAAUUCGUAAAUACAGUAAUUACAACAUAACAUUACUGCGUAUUGAACUACCUUUUUCUGUCAAAUUUGUUGUACAGUAUAACAUGACGUUUUGGUGCUUAAUUUGUAAAAUCAUAACCUAAUUUGAUGUUUAAUAGGCUUUUCCUUAAACCCUCCUUAUUAUCCAAGAUAUUCGCUUAUCCAAGGUUCUGCCGGCCUGUUUAGCUUGGAUAAGGGAGACUCUACUUUAUAUAUAAACUCCAAUUUCUUAGUUUCCGACAGACCUCACAAUCUCUGAGGAUGCCUGCCAUAGAUGUGGGAGAAACGUCAGGAGAGAAUGCUUCUGGAACAUGGCCAUACAGCUUGGAUAACUCACAACAACCCAAUAGAGGACCUCCUUGAGUCUUUAUUUUUGAGAGACGAGGGGGAAAAUCCAUUGGUGGAAUAACUUCCUUCCUAGUUUUGACAGUGCCAGGAUUCACCCUCCACUCUGCUUAGACCAGACUAAUAAAACAUUCCUUAUUCUAUCUCCCAAAGUAAAUGAGUAGAACUAACCCUUCGUUUCACCUGAGCCUCUUUUACUAAUUGAAUUUCCAGAUAGGGAAAUAAGGUAUGCAAAUUGGAAACCGUUAAGCGUCUAUAGUUAAUAGUGUGACUUUUAAAGGCAUGGCCCCGAGGCUUUGGAAACCUCAACUCCAAAGCCCUACUUGUAUGGCCUCCAGAGAGGAAACCGUGGUAUAAAUAAAUCUAAUAAUAAUAAUAAUAA